AUGGUUCCCAACACAGUGACACAACCAAAGAAGGCCACCAAGCAGGGCAAGCCACCAAAACAACCAGCCAAAAAGGCCCGCACAAGUGCAGCUGUCCAAUUUCAGGAACCAUCUUCUGCCCAACCCUCGGCGGCCUUGGCUGUUCAAAAUGUCAACGGAUUACCAGAAAAUGGCAAUGACUCCAAGCAGCAACAGAUCAACUCCUGGCUGAAGGAAGAACGAGUGGGAAUUGCGUUGUUGGCAGAGGCCAAGAAGUUUUGGCCUUCUAUCAAUGAAGGUCAUGGUUGGAGUGACAGACUCCGCCAAGCUACGAUGAAGUCCAAGCAAAAAGGGUUUUACUUGUUGGUAGCUUACAAUCGGCAUCAGGACAGAUCUGCUGCCACCUUGGCGGUACAAUGGGGCGGGUGCAUCACAGCCGUUUUUAACCAAGUGGCGCACAGGGCUAAGGAAGCUGACAGAGACCCCACGGGUUUAGGACGAUGGGCCUAUGUUCGUCUCCAAGGAAGGAAGUUGAAAGCCCAUGGGGGUAAUGUUCAGGACUCUUUCAUUGAGGUAAAUGACUUAGUUCGUGGUCCGAUCUCCAAGGACUUGGUGGUGGUCUCUGCAUAUCGUCCCAACAAGCAAGGCCUCGGUAGAUCUACAGUAUGGGCACAACACAGGCUUCACUUUCAUGCAGUGAAUCGAAAAGUUAAUCCAAGGAAAGCCUUUGUGGACGAUCUUUGUAAACAGAUCACCAAAUGGCGUGAUGAAGGAUGUGAGGUGGUUUUGGGUAUAGAUGCCAACGAGGAUGUCACUGUUAACGCACCCCAGUCUAUCCGCCACCGCUUCCGGGCCUGCGGUCUUGAGGAGGCAAUCCUAAAACACCAUCCACCACAAGUGACCCACCAGCGCAACUAA